UUAACCUUAUCGGUUUUGUUUAUAUCCCCUUUCAUAGUCUGAAAAGCAUCAUUGGGAUUGGAGUUGGAGCUGGAGCUUACAUCCUCAGCAGAUUUGCACUCAGUCAUCCAGAGCUCGUGGAAGGCCUUGUGCUCAUUAACGUUGACCCUUGUGCUAAAGGCUGGAUUGACUGGGCAGCUUCCAAAGUAAGCACCAGAUGGUAUUCAUUGGCUCAUCUUGGUCCCUUCUCAAAAUGUCCUACUUUUAUUUUUAUUUUUUCAUUGAAGUAUAUCCAGAUAAAGGCAAAAACUUUUAAGUUGCUUGAAUCCAAGUCCAGUGCAGUUUCUGGGUGCUACCAGGAAGAGUUGCAGGCCAACUUGGACCUGAUUCAAACCUACAGGCUGCAUAUUGCCCAGGAUAUCAACCAAGAAAACCUGCAGCUCUUCCUGGGUUCUUAUAACGGACGGAGAGACCUAGAGAUUGAAAGACCCUUGCUGGGCCAAAAUGAUAACAAAUCGAAGACAUUAAAGUGUUCUACUCUAUUGGUGGUAGGGGACAGUUCACCUGCAGUUGAGGCUGUGGUUGAAUGCAACUCUCGCCUGAACCCUGUAAAUACAACUUUGCUAAAGAUGGCAGACUGUGGUGGACUGCCCCAAGUAGUGCAGCCUGGAAAGCUCACCGAGGCCUUCAAGUACUUUUUGCAGGGAAUGGGCUACAUACCAUCUGCCAGCAUGACCCGGCUCGCCCGAUCACGAACCCACUCAACCUCGAGUAGCAUCGGCUCUGGAGAAAGUGCCUUCAGCCGAUCUGUCACCAGCAAUCAGUCAGAUGGAACUCAAGAAUCCUCUGAAUCCCCUGAUGUUGUGGACAGAGACCAGACCAUGGAGGUGUCCUGCUAAGCAGAUACUCCUCCCCUGGACCAUGCAAGUCCACCCUCCUUCAAACAACCACUCCAUAAUAUAACAUUUCAUCCAGGAAACUGGCAUCUAUCUUUAACUCCUGCAUGGCCACUGACACUUUCUGGUAUCUUGGAUUUAUCAUUCUUUCUGCCUGCCCGCCCUCCUUUUUGUAUGUACCAAGAAUCACUUCCUUGCCAUUACUGUAACAUUCCAGCAUCCUUAGCUGAUCACAUUUCCAUAUCUUCUCUUGCCAGCUUUUCCUCGUGCUUUCCGAACUACGUAUCUGACAAGAUUCUUUGAUCCUGAUGUAUGUGUGUGAGCACGCGUGUCUAUGUUUGUGUGUACAUAGUUCUGUGAUUUUAGAUAUGCUUUCUUGUAGAGCUUCUGCACAAAAAACAAAGGGGACCUUUUUUCUUUUUCAUUUUCAAUGGUGUUUUUAAGGGAAAUAAACAGAACAGGUUUCUAGGUUGGGUAGGCCACUGCAUUCUCUUGGUUCCGAAGUGGUCAACACGAUUUGCAAAAUGACUUCAGCAGCUCUGAGGAAUGUGGAACCGAUCGUGCUUACUGUUGACUGUGACCAAUAGAAGGGAGCCUGUUACAUAGAGAGGCAGACAGCGUGCGUGGCCAGCCACCUCCUUCUGUCCAAAUGCAUUCACAUAUGUUAUUCUGUAACUUAAAGGGAGGGAUAUAUUCUUUUAGAAGCCCAUGAAUGAUGAGGUUCUGAUGCAACAUGGAGUUUUUCCUAAGUGAGUGUGGCAUGAUUACUGCACUCUCUUAGCACAGGAAGGUGGAAAACAACAUGCCAGGCCUCUGCUCUGCCAGAGCAGAGAUGCUGUCUCCGCAGUGUCUGAUACCACUUACCAGAUAUCCACAAGAAGUGCCUCCUGGGUCUGGGAUGAAGAGUGUUUCUCCACCCCUCACUGCUCUGAAAAAGGAGAGGUAUGGCCUGAAAAUGGUGUAGAUGGUGAGGAACCAGCUGGGCGAAGAGGCACAGACCUCAACGGAAUAUCAUGCGUCACAGGCGCAGCCUUGACUUCAGCUGACUUAGUGGAAGCGAAGUGAAAUUGGUACAGAACCCAUUUCUCAGAAAGAUUCUUGACAGAUAACUCUCAAAGAAGAGAGGGAAGGGGCCAGUCUCUAAGGGCAGCGUGCGCAGGUACAGUUGUGCUUAGUGGACUGCUGUGUGAGGGGCCACAGCCAGCCAGAGUAUUGCUGGGAGGAGGACGAAACCAGCUGCCACACAGCAAGGGCCCCGCUCUUGUGGGCAUCAGAUGUAAGCUCAGGGUUACGCAGUUCUGAGUCUUAGGAAGGGGCUUUUCAGACAUAGUGUUCGCUUUCUGCCGAGAUAGGGAAUGCAUCACUCUGCCAGAGUACAACUUUUUACAGAUUAUUAAAUAAAGCUGUAUAUGUCUCAUUGUUACCCGA